AACAUGGAGAUAGGAAAGGAUCAAUUGAGGUUAUUUUUACCCAUUUACGUGUAAAUUGUUUAUUUAGGCAUUUCAUUUGUGUUUAACCUUUUUUGGUUACUGAUAGUGUUGAUAGGAACAAGAUAGAUAAACAAAACUGACAAAAUAUGAACGAAUCAUUCAUUUUUCUCAUCUCAUCACAGAUAGACUCUUUUUGUAUUUUUUGUUUCACCAAUAGAUUGACGCCUACCAAUUUGAUUACAAAUUAACCAACAUAAUGGUUGAUUGUAAUGAUGACAAUGACUGACGAUCAGUUAAUAUGUUAAUAUGACAUCUUGUUGAACAUUCAAGUUUACCAGUUUCCUUAUUAUAAUGAGAAAGUUAACCAAAAAUGGAUUAAUCUUGCUCUUCUUAUCCAUUGCUUUCAUUUCAGGUCAAUCAUCGGACCCGAACAAGGACAAAGCUAAAUUACCACCUAAUAAGUAUCAGAUGACCGUCCUUUUCCACUGGGAACCAAAAUUACCAGCCGAUUCUUAUGGUCAACCAAAUUGGCCAAAACUCAUUAGACUGUUGCUAUCACAGAUAUUUUAUGAUGUUGCUCUCGAGACCUUUAACCACAUAAAUAACGAAUUACCAAUACGAUUAACAUUACCAUUGGCUAUUGGAUUUGGUGGGUUAAUCACGGCAAUAAUUGCUUUAAUCGUUGCUUGUCAGGCAAAUUGGAAGAUUACAAAAUAUGAAUUUAAAAGUGCUGAAAGAAGACGAAGAGAACGAGAAAUCGAAGAAGUCCAUUUGAAAAUAUAUGAACAAGUAAUGCAUGGUGAUAGGCAUGAUCCUUAUAUCAGUAGUGAUAGUUAUGGACAUUCACUGGAAAGGCUAAUACGUAAAUGAUUUUUUUAUCAAAAAUCUUAUUUAUAUUUUCGUUUCUCAAUGAUUCACGUUUUGAUCUUGUUGAACUUUUUGUUAGAUAUUUUGAUUUGUAAUUAAAGAACAAAAAUAUCAUCGAUUUAUGUUCGAUUUGAAAUGAAUAUCAAUAGUAUUGACCAUUCUGAUCUCAA